AUGGAUGUAGGUGCUAUGGAUCCAGUUUUGAAUCCAAAAUAUGUUGAGGAAGAGGUUCCUAAUGUUUCUACUCAGAAGGACAAACAAGUUUUUGAGGUACAAAUGGUGGAUCAAGGGCAAGAGAAAUUAGUUAAGGGUUCAAGUGGGACACCACAAAGUCAUGCUACAGUAGGAAAAGAGGUCUUUCAGGGAAAGGGUAGGGGUUUGCAACACCAUGAUCUAAUCAACAGCGUAGGGGAAUCUUCAGAGGUCAAUCAGGAGGUGAUGUCCACUAUAUCUAGUGUGGUAAAGUGGGACACUAUGCUUAAGAUUGCUCUACAUAUGGAGAUGACAUUCAUAGAUGCUAUAAUUACGGACAACCAAGACAUGUUCGAUGGAAUUGUCCUCAGAAUACAACAACUACUUAUUCAAGAGUGA